AAACUAUCGCCGGAAAACUUUCAAAUCCGAGAACGAAAGAGCGUAAUGGAUCCAAUUAAAGCAGCAAAUGAACUCGGUUUCCGGGUCGGGUUCUCCGGCUACAGUGGCCACCUGAGGAUCGACCCGCUCUACACUGUGGAGGGCACCGACCCCGCCAAGUCCCUCCCGGAGUUUGUCCUUCCACCUGCUUUUGCUAGGGAAACGCCUGAAUCAAUCAAGGAGCAUAUAAAGGAGAAAUAUCUCUUGCCAAGAUUGGAUCCAGAUGAAUUUUCUCCAGAAAAAGUUGGGAGACAAUGGGAUUUUGACUGGUUUGAUAAGGCAAAAGUACCAUUGGAGCCAACAUUGCCAAGGAGUGUUGUGGUUCCAGUUUGGGAGUUACCAUUCAGGCGGAAAAAGAAGGGAUCUGAUGAAGGAAAAUGGGAACCCAGCUCAGUGCAGGUGGAUGUAUCAGAACUAAUGGUUGGUGCCCAAGAUUCUGGUUUACCACGUGCUGUUGGUGCCACAAAAGAUCUUGUAAGAGGAAGCAUCAAUAACCGCCCUUUCCGUCCAGGAGGCCUAGAGGAUUCCCAACCUUUGGAGAGGAUUCUUCCUGAUGGUGCUUCUGAUGGUAAAUGGGUACAAGAGGUGCUGAAUGGUGGCCCUGCUCAAACUGUUGCUCCAAGCUUUAAGCAAGGGCUGAACCUUGGGGAUCUUACGAAAUAUCCAUGCACUUGGAAAAUAUACAAGGAUCCAGAUUCACUCGACAGGACAUCAGAUGAAACGUUGAAUGAGUUGUCUGUACAGUUUGAUGACUUAUUCCAAAAAGCUUGGGAAGAAGAUGUUGCAGAAAUUGAGAGAGAUGACCAUUCAGAGGAGCAAGCCUCUGUGAGGUCAGAAGCCGAGGGAAAUCAGGUUGAUGUUUCCAGCACUGUUGAGGCUGGAAUAUCCAUGUUGGAUGAAAUUCUAUCAGUUGAAUCAGGAAUAUUGGAUGCGACCAGUGAUAGCGGUGGAGAGCAGCAGCAGGAGGCUUGGGCUGUCCGUGGAGGUACUGAAGGGAUUGCUGACCACUUUUAUGAACUUGUUCCUGACAUGGCACUAGAAUUUCCUUUCGAAUUGGAUACAUUCCAGAAGGAGGCAAUCUUCUAUUUGGAAAGAGGGGAAUCUGUCUUUGUGGCAGCUCAUACAUCUGCUGGGAAAACAGUUGUUGCAGAGUAUGCAUUUGCUUUGGCAUCGAAACACUGCACCAGAGCUGUCUAUACUGCUCCAAUUAAGACAAUCAGCAACCAAAAGUAUAGGGAUUUCUCUGGGAAAUUUGAUGUCGGCCUGCUAACAGGUGAUGUGAGCCUGAGGCCAGAGGCUUCUUGUCUCAUCAUGACCACUGAAAUAUUGAGAUCAAUGCUUUACCGAGGUGCAGAUAUUAUUCGUGAUAUUGAAUGGGUUAUAUUUGAUGAAGUGCACUAUGUAAACGAUGUUGAAAGAGGUGUUGUUUGGGAAGAAGUCAUAAUCAUGCUCCCAAGGCAUAUCAAUUUCGUCCUACUUUCAGCCACGGUACCAAAUACAGCUGAAUUUGCUGACUGGAUUGGUAGGACAAAGCAGAAGAAAAUUCGUGUUACUGGGACUACCAAAAGACCAGUUCCACUGGAGCAUUCCUUGUUCUACUCUGGAGAACUUUACAAAAUAUGUGAAAAUGAGACCUUCAUAUCACAGGGAGUGAAGGCUGCUAGAGAUGCACACAAGAAAAAGAAUUCAAGCACCAGUAGUAGAGGUACUGGGCCCUCUCCAGCUCCAGAUGUGACUCGAGCUCCAAAACGUGAAACUCCUAACCGCGGGAAACAGAACAAGCAUGCUGGUUCACAAAGUUCUAGGAGUGUCUCUGGGACUGUUUGGGGAAAUCAGACCAUUGGCGGUGGCCAGAAUACUUGGGGGGCAAGGAGAACAACAUGGUUGUCACUUAUUGACAAGCUCUCUAGGAAGUCAUUGCUACCUGUGGUUAUAUUUUGUUUCUCGAAGAAUCACUGCGAUAAAUCUGCUGACUGUAUUACUGGGACAGAUCUCACUACUAGUUCUGAGAAAAGUGAGAUUCGUAUCUUUUGUGACAAGGCUUUUUCCCGGCUCAAGGGAUCUGAUCGCAAGUUACCUCAGGUUGUUAGAGUCCAGAACCUUCUUCAUAGAGGAAUUGGUGUGCAUCAUGCAGGGCUGCUCCCAAUUGUUAAGGAGGUUGUAGAAAUGCUUUUUUGCCGUGGUGUGAUUAAGGUUUUGUUUUCAACUGAGACAUUUGCAAUGGGAGUUAAUGCUCCAGCUAGAACGGUUGUUUUUGAUGCAUUAAGAAAGUUUGAUGGCAAGGAAUUUAGACAAUUACUUCCUGGAGAAUACACUCAAAUGGCAGGACGUGCUGGUAGAAGAGGUCUAGAUACAAUUGGUACUGUUGUUGUGUUGUGCCGUGAUGAAAUACCUGAAGAAACUGAUUUGAAGCACCUAAUAACUGGAAGUGCAACUAGACUUGAAUCUCAGUUUCGACUGACAUAUAUCAUGAUCCUGCAUCUCCUUCGUGUGGAAGAACUGAAGGUAGAAGACAUGUUGAAACGAAGUUUUGCUGAAUUUCAUGCUCAGAAGAAACUUCCAGAACAGCAGCAACUUUUAAUGAGAAAGCUUGCACAGCCAACAAAAACUAUUGAAUGUAUCAAAGGUGAACCAACAAUAGAGGAGUAUUAUGAGAUGUAUGCAGAAUAUGAAAAGUAUGGUGAUCAGAUAUCAGAAGCUGUUAUGCAGUCUCCUGCUACCCAACAAUUUCUUUCGCCUGGGAGGGUCAUAGUUGUGAAAUCACAAUCUGCUCAGGAUCAUUUGCUAGGAGUAGUUGUUAAAGCAUCUCCUAUUAAGAAGCAAUAUAUUGUGUUAGUGCUUAAACCUGAUGUACCAUCAAUGAUUCAAACUCCUUCCGGCAGCAGUAGCUUGCAAGAUUCAAGAGGUGCUGCUUUCCAGCAAGGUGUUAUGCUCUUGCCAAAAGCGAGACGAGGGCUUGACGAUGAGUAUUUUUCAUCUGCCACAUCACGGAAAGGAUCCGGUGUAAUCAACAUAAAAUUGCCCCACCUUGGUUCUGCUGCAGGGGUUGCUUACGAGGUCAAAGAGUUUGAUAGUAAAGAAUUCCAAUGCAUAUGCGAUAGAAAGAUAAAGAUAGAACAGGCUCGGCUUCUUGAAGAUGGUAGUAAUGCUGCUUUCUCUAGCACUGUUCAGCAGCUGUUGAAAUUGAAAUCUGAUGGAAACAAAUAUCCUCCAGCCUUGGAUCCACGCAAAGAUUUGAAGUUGAAAGACAUGGAUCUUGUGGAAACAUACUACAAGUGGACCCACCUAUUGCGUAAGAUGGCAGAGAACAAAUGCCAUGGAUGUAUAAAACUGGAAGAGCACAAGAAGUUAGCUAGAGAGAAUAAUAGUCACAAGGAAGAAGUUAAUAAGCUUAGAUUUCAAAUGUCUGAUGAAGCACUGCAACAGAUGCCAGAAUUUCAGGGCCGGAUUGAUGUUCUGAAGGAAAUUGGUUGUAUAGAUGAAGAUCUUGUAGUCCAGAUAAAAGGCCGUGUUGCAUGUGAGAUGAAUUCAGGGGAGGAAUUGAUUUGUACCGAAUGUUUGUUCGAGAAUCAACUUGAUGAUCUGGAACCUGAAGAAGCUGUGGCUUUAAUGUCUGCCCUUGUGUUUCAGCAGAAAAACACUUCUGAGCCCUCUCUCACACCUAAACUCUCUCAGGCUAAACAAAGAUUGUACGAUACAGCUAUACAACUUGGGGAGCUUCAAGCCCAGUGCAAACUUCAAAUAACUCCAGAGGAAUAUGCAAAAGAGAAUCUCAAGUUUGGUCUUGUUGAAGUCGUUUAUGAAUGGGCAAAGGGAACUCCAUUUGCAGACAUUUGUGAUCUUACAGAUGUUCCUGAAGGUCUCAUAGUCCGAACCAUUGUGAGGUUAGAUGAGACUUGCCGUGAGUUUAGAAACGCUGCAGCGAUCAUGGGAAAUUCUGCACUCUACAAGAAAAUGCAAACUGCUUCUAAUGCAAUAAAAAGGGAUAUCGUUUUUGCAGCUAGUUUGUACAUUACUGGAGUCUGACCAUGUCAGAGCUCCAAUCCUGGCCGGACUUUACCAGCUAGGAUUUGCCGAAGCAAAAAUCCGGCAAUGUUGUAAUUGUACAUUAUGCCAUUAUACACGAUAAAUUCUGUCUGAUCCGAUGUAGUGAAGAUCUUUUUAGUUCCAUAUCAUCUAAAAGAUUUUUAACCAUUUUGCCUUUGGAAUUUUUUGUCAUCAUAUUCUGUCAUUUGCAUUAAAACAAAGAGAAUUGU